UUUAUUUCUUGUGCCUGCGAAGCCAAGUGUAUCGAUCAUUAUAGUGCUCAAGAAAAUAUUUUCUUUUUUAAAAACAUUAUUAAUGAAGAACUCUCUAAAAAUAUUCGACCUAAAGAUCUGAAUACUUCUGAGAACUCUUCAGAAGUUAAUUAGAAUAUGACGCGCGGCAUGUAUAACGGAGCUUUUUACAAUCAUGUGGCCUUUCUGUGCUGUUAAAAUUUCCGAAAAUCAGGGUGAACAUUAUUUUUUUAUAAACUGUGUAUAAAUUUUGUAUAAAUUGCCAUAAAAAGUCAUACAUAUUUUUCGAAACGCGUUUGUUUGCGUCAAAUUUUCAAGUGAAAGCAAUUCAAGUGAAAAAUCUCGGACUAACAAAAGUAAUAUAAUUUCUAAUAAAAAUGAUAUUAGAAUGAUUAUAGAAGAAUAAAGUUGAAAAACAUCAAACUUAAUAGCUGACGAAGUUUGUGCAUAAAAAUUCUCAAUCCAGUACUCGUCUGAAAAAUACAAUAAAUACCUACAUAUUUAACUAAUUAGAGUCCAUGCAAAUUCAAAUUAAUUAACCGGCAUGUAAUGCAUUUAACCAGUCAAUUAAGUAGCAAACUGACCCGAUACCUCUUGACCAGAAUUAAUCGAACAUGGCUGUGAAUAUAAUAAAUGUUAAUAGGAUUCGAUCGAUCGACGCACUUAGUACCUAUUGAAUGGAAUUAAUUGAUCAGCACCUAACGUCUAUUAAUCACUCUCAACAAAUACAUUAAAAAAAAAAAAAAAAAAAAACUGAACAGUCAUUAAUCCAGCGAAGUAGAUCUGUGAGUGCAUCAAUCAUCCGACAUACGUUGGGCAACUCCUUCAUGGCGAAUUGAGAGCGCGCGUUUCGUCAUCCGCGAGUGCCUAAAUACGAAAUCGUUUAUCCGUACUAUUCUAAUCCUCGUCCUUGAGGCGCGAACGUAUUACCGCUGUUGUCUUUUCGGUGGCCGCGCCUGGAACUUGGCCGUGGCCGAUUGAUCGCUGCGGGGUCCACUUGCUAGCACAACGAACACGCCAUCGCGACGGAAGAGUUAAGAGAUCGGUCGGCGGCCAAAAAUAAAAGAGAGGACGAUCGAAAGAAUUGCCAGAUCGAAGAGAAAUAGCGUUCACAGAGUGAUCUCACAGACGCACGACGAGCGGGACGCUGAUUUCUGAUUCUCAAAUCUCAAAAAUCGAGGGUAUAAAUAUUCAAAAUUAUUCGCAGCUACAUAAAAGGCAUUCUCCCAAACCAUACUCGCGACUAUUUGGGGUACCGAGAGGGUAAUAUCGGCCCGAAUUCUCGGAAGGGGGGGGACAAGAGUUCGUCGACCUCCGGGCGGCAGAGCUGUGAUUCGAGUGGCCGUGGGAGAACCUGAAGAGGCGAAAGGAAAGUGCUCGUCUACCUUCUUGAAGAGAGAGAGAUUUCGCUUAUCGGAACGCACGGUGGUACUCGAGGACCUAAUUUUAGGCCUUUUUCCGGAGACGAGGCUCGCGAAGAGACUUUUCAGGUCACUGUGAUGAUCAACCAUCAUGGCGUGGCCGGCAGCGACGACCCUGACGAGUCUACUGAUGCUGCUGCUUAUGACGAUCGCGGCCAGUCUCUCGUCCAGGAUCAUCGCCACCACUCAGGCGCCCUUCGGCAGGAUUCUGAAGGCUGUGAAACUGCAUGGAGGAUACAUGGAGGUGAUCCAGGAGCAGAGAUGCUCCUACAGUCUGCUCAGAUUGACGUGCAGAUCAUUGAGAGCGUUCAUCUUCAUUCUGGAGGCGGAGUACCACGCGAAUUACACGGAGCUCUGUCAGCGAGAGUCGAAGAGCUUGGAGGAGCUCAAAAUGUGGAAGAACAAAGGUAGCACGCGACGUUGGGCGAACAUGCAAGAGCUCAAAGGGAACUACAUUCUCGACGACGAGGAUGGCCAGGCAGACAUUGUCGAUAUCAGAUCAUCCUUGAAUAAAAGGUGCUCUGGUCAGAAACACUGCCGCUACAAUGUGACUAUUGAGCAUCCAGGAGCGCAUUCUUGGGGUCCAGGUGGAAUUUUAUUAAAAUACGCUUGCAUACCAGAAGCUGCAGUUAGACGAUUCUGCAAUCAAGAGGUGAAGGUGAUCGGCGGUGAAGGCGGUUACAUCAACACUCCGGGUUAUCCACUAUAUUACGUCGGAGAAACGUGCGGAUGGACCUUCAGAACGUUUCCGGGUCAGAGGAUAGUUCUGACCUUUCACGACUUGAAUAUCCGUAGUCCAGACACGGAUGGCAACUGCGUGGACAUCGUCAGAGUACGGGAACGCGGCAGCACACUCUUCGAGUUCUGCGGCACCGUCGCGGGUGCGCGGGUUGUCUCCGACUCGAACGUGUUGACACUCGACUUCGUCGCUUCGAAGAGGUUUUACAACGCCCGAGGCUUUUUGCUGCACUAUCAAGUGCUGGGCUGUCCGGAGGUCUCGACGCCGAACGGAAGUUACGUGUCGAACGGUACAUUGACUUCGCGGACAUUCCUAUGCAAGUCGGGCAGCGUGUUUUCCGACAGCAGGGAAAGAAAAAGGACGCUCGAGUGUAGGAACGGCAGAUGGAACGAGACCGCUAGCAAGUUACCCGCUUGCGUAGCCACGUCAGCGGUGAUCGUGAAGUCGGAGAACGACCAUCAUCAUCUAGCGAGUCUCUCCGGGGACAACAUUCUCGGGACGGGGGUGAGAAUAGGACGUGGCGAGGACGCAGUCGCGAGUGGUAGCAUCAGCCCGGUUAUGGAUUCGGCGCAAUCGUCCAUGAUGAAGCAAGCGGACUACGUCGUAGAUGUUGUGCUGCCAACGGUCCUAAUUGCUUUGCUAUUCGUCGGCAAUGCGAUCAUCGUUUAUAUCAUCUUCCAGUUUAGAAAGAGAAAACUCUCGUCUACGACGCAGGGCGAAGAAAUGGCCCUUCGAGGACCACCUGAUGUGCCCAACGUGUGAUGCAAGGGGCUCGGACUAAUCGCGCACGUGGCUAUUGGGAACGACGAAAAGUCACCGAUAUCCACGUGGAGGUCGGGGAUCACUGCGAUAUCGUCGUAGGAUCGAUCCCCAAGGACUCCGAAAUUCUCACGAUGAUCCCGUGCAAUUAGAUGAAAAAAAGCUACGCUCGAACAAGCAAAGUGGGAACGCGUUUUUUCACAGCAUUCGAAGAUAUGCGUCUCGCUGCGGACGUAGCAGCGCAGAAAGUGAUUGUUCGGAUGGCUUCCGCGAUCUUUCUCUCGCUUAUCUGCAUUAAAAAUUCGGAGAAAUUAAAUUCGGAGUUGGACGACGUUACGCUUGACACUAAAAGUGCGCGAAGAAUACGGUUAAAACCCUAACAUUUUUUUUCUCGCACGUUUACUGCUAGGUGUAUCCGAUUAAUUACCAUUUACAGUAAAUGCAUCUUUAAAUAUACCGCAUUUGUCAUUUAUUUCGCGAUAUAAUGUUCAAAACUAGAUGCGCUUACAGCGAAAUACGCUGCCAAAAGAAGGCCCAGUGUCUGAUGAAAGCAUCUUAAGUAUAAAUGGACUGUAUUGAUCCGAGGCCAUGUAACUCGCAAACCUAUUACGUCUUACAUAACGCAUAUUUACGUUACUCUGUAUUAUAAUGUAAGGAAAUAAUAUAUUCUAUACUUCGUCCGAGAUUGUAGAUAAGUUAAAAAUAAAUCACCGUUUUCGUAA